UUUAUUUAUCUUUACUUCCUUCUCUCUUCACGCACCGAAACUUGUUGUCUAUAAGGAGUUUACUUGUUGCCUAAACAUUGUUUCUUUCCUUUCCCCAUAUGAAGACAAUCACAGCCAAGAGCCCCCACGAUUCUUCUUUCUCUUUCUCCAGGAGAUAUUUCAACUGGAAAAAGAAGGUCGAAGAUGAUGAUGACGAGGAAGAAAUCCUAACCUUCAGCUCCUCCUCGCAUUUUUGUGAGGAAGCAGAGGAGCUCCGAGUCCCAGUGCCCAGUCAAGUUUCUUUAGUUCCAGCACCAAGAAAGAAGCUGCCAAUUGUGGCAGUCUCCAAGCUUCGCUCAGCUCUCGCUGUGUUUGGUAAGAACCGAUCAGCCUACCGUUCAGGUUUAGGCACCAGAGUUGUAGGAACCCUGUUCGGAUAUCGGCGUGGUCACGUCCAUUUUGCAUUUCAAGAAGAAGCAAAGUCGAGUCCAGCAUUUUUAAUCGAACUUGCAACACCAACCAGUGUUUUAGUUCGGGAAAUGGCUUCUGGAUUGGUGAGAAUUGCCUUGGAGUGUGAAAAGAAAACAGGGAAGAAAGGGUUGAAGUUGCUAGAGGAGCCUGUUUGGAGGACUUACUGCAAUGGUAAGAAAUGUGGGUUCGCAAUGAGGCGUGCGUGCGGACCGGGGGAGUGGAAAGUCUUGAAGGCGGUGGAGCCAAUAUCAAUGGGAGCUGGUGUGCUACCAGGAAAUUGCGAUGGGAAUGGAGCUGGGUCCGAGGGUGAGCUGAUGUACAUGAGAGCUAGGUUCGAGAGGGUUGUGGGGUCUAAAGACUCGGAAGCCUUUUACAUGAUGAAUCCUGAUGGUACCGGUGGCCCUGAACUCAGUGUUUAUCUGCUUAGAGUUUAGUUUUCAGUUUUGAUGACGCUAUCCCAUGAUCCACUACGCUUUAGAUUUUGCUGUUAAGCCAUGAAGUCAGUGGAGGUCUGGUUUGGUUCUCCAUGUUUUUUGCCUUGUUCCUCAUAAUCAUGGAAAAAAUGGGAUGUUUUUGUAGUAUCAUGCUAAUAUAAAUCAACCGUUUUGCUAGUGGAAGGUACUGGCAUGAUAGUGUUAUAGAUGGUGUGGCUACGGCGGGGUAUAUCAAUGUAUAGCUUCUUUCUCUUUCUUCGGAAGUGGAAACAAAGUUGCAAAUGUUUCUCCUCUUAAAGUUAUGUUUGAUUUGAUCUUUCAUUUCCGACUAAUCUUCUGGUUUUGGGAUGAGCGUUCCAGUUUUCACUUGAAUGGAAAGGAGAAAGGUUUCCUGUUUU